CCGUCUGACAUAAAGGAAUGGGUCAGACUGGAGAAGAGAGAGAGGACCAAAAGAGCAUCCAAAACAUAAAGAUGACACAACUCCUGCUUUGGACAGUCUGCCUAGUGUUGCUGCCCCUGUGUGUGGGUUGUAAAAGAGUUGUCUUCAUGCCAUCGCCCUUCACCAGCCACACCAACUACCACACGAACGUAGCGCGGACCCUCGCUCGGCAAGGUCACGAGGUGUGGUUGACCAUGCCCGACUACAUCGUCAACAGGCGGGUGUUGGACACGACUAACUUGACUGUCAUCGAGUACCAGACAUUGAAAAACUUUGAGGAGAUUAUGACGGCCGCUCUCUGCCGGCAACUAUUUAAAGGAUUAUCCGAUGAUUUAGUGUGA